UAAGGGGCUUUCUAUGGCUAUAGACUACAAGGACAAAUAGCACCCCCAAACCCCAGAGCUCAGUUAUGAAGCUGCUCGUGGGGAGAAGAUGGAAGGAGAGAUUUCGAUCUAAAGGAGAUGAGCUGAGCUGAAGGCAUUGCUCCAUCCUUCCCAAACAGGCAGAAAAAUGUAAUCGGAGGAGCUGACAAGCUGAGCAGCCUGCCAGCGCUGGCACCCUGCGUCCUGCACAGGCUCCCACCGCCUCGGGCAUCUCUUCCUUUCCCCCUUUGCCUCCUGCAAGAUUUAAGCCUUUCAUUUGCAAUCUCGACUCCUGACAAUCCUUGUCAAUAAAUGAGGGAGCAUAAUGCUGAACAGCAUCACCGAUGGGCUCCUGUGCUGCCUGAUGGGCAAGACGACAAACGCCGUGGGGCCGCUGGACAGCGUUGAGUCCAGCAACGGCUACAGCUUCAUGGAGGUGAAGCCAGGGAGGAUCCUGCGGAUCAGGCACAGCACACCCAACCGCCCGACCUUGGAGGGGCCCGAGGAGACCCAGCCCGGGGGGCCGGAGCGGGGCACGGUGCACUGCAAGCGCAAGAUCACCGUCUACCGCAACGGGCAGCUGGUGAUCGAGAACCUGGGCGACGCCGUCCGCUCCGAGAUCCUGCACUGCCAGAACAGCUCGGGGGAACCCAACAGCACCGUGGAGCUGGAGCUCUCCGACGUGGCCGGCCAAGCUCCCGCCCAGGGUCCUGCCGGCGCGCCGGGAUGCGGCACACGGGAAGCAGCCGCUGGCCCCGGCAAGCGACGGAAGCGUAAACCCAAGAAAGUCGUCAACAUCGACUGCAAGAAGCAGAUCACGAGCUGCAAAGGGACACACAGCGACGUGGUCCUCUUCUUCAUCCACGGCGUGGGCGGCUCGCUGGACAUCUGGAAGGAGCAGCUGGACUUCUUUACCAAGCUGGGCUACGAAGUGGUGGCUCCCGACCUGGCCGGCCACGGCUGCAGCUCGGCUCCCCAAAUUGCCGCUGCGUACACCUUCUACGCGCUGGCAGAGGACAUGAGGGCCGUCUUCAAGCGCUAUGCGAAGAAGAGGAAUAUCUUGAUAGGACACUCGUAUGGGGUGUCCUUCUGCACCUUCCUCGCCCACGAGUACCCAGACCUGGUCCAUAAGGUGAUCAUGAUCAAUGGAGGGGGCCCGACAGCGCUGGAGCCCAGCCUCUGCUCCAUCUUCAACAUGCCCACCUGCGUGUUGCACUGCCUGUCCCCGUGCCUGGCCUGGAGCUUCCUCAAGGCUGGCUUUGCUCGCCAGGGUGCCAAAGAGAAGCAGCUGCUGAAGGAAGGCAACGCCUUCAACGUGUCCUCCUUCGUGCUGCGCGCCAUGAUGAGCGGGCAGUACUGGCCGGAGGGGGACGAGGUUUACCACGCGGAGCUGGCCGUACCCGUGCUCCUCGUCCACGGCAUGCACGACAAGUUCGUCCCGGUGGAGGAGGACCAGCGAAUGGCCGAGAUCCUGCUGAUCGCCUUCCUGAAGGUGAUCGACGAGGGCAGCCACAUGGUGAUGAUGGAGUGUCCCGAGACGGUGAACACGCUGCUCCACGAGUUCGUCCUGUGGGAGCCUGAGACGCCAGCUGGGGACGUGCAAGAGGAGAAGAAAUAAGGCGGCGGGACGCGGUGACCGGGCUGCUCCGAUGGGAGAGAUGUUUCGGAGCGGAGAGGGGUUUGUGAGAGCGGAGGGGUGCAGCGGAGGCUGCCCUCACCGGGAGCUCUGCCGAUUUUCUUUCCCGGCCGCAUCGAAGGCUGGUGGUGGAGCGCGGAGGCUCCCCUGGGCAGGGGUCCGUGGGGCCGGUGGCAGGAACACGGCAGACCUGGUCCCCGUCCCCUCAGGGAUGGCAUGGCAGCUGCUGGAGCAUCUUCAUCCUGUUUCUUUGUAGUAUUAUUUUCCUCACGCAGUGACCCCCUAGGGACAGAGAGGAGGCAGCUGGGGGGAGACUGGUCCCACCUACAGCAAAAUGGGAAGAACUCGGAGGCAUUCCUUCAGGGAGAGUGUGUCGGCUCCGGCACCUUCCUGGCCAGGGCCAGAGAAGCUGAGCUGGGAUUGCUUUAAGAAGCCAAAGGCUCCUUGGCCUCAAGCAGCGGGAUUUUACUCUCUGAGCCCUGCAGCACGUCACUCGAGCCAUCUGUGGGGCUGGGAGAAUGGGACCACCAUUAUUGCCAGCAGCCUUGGACGUGGCGUCCAACAGCUCCUGCCUGGCGCUGGUGAGGGUCUGCCUGCACAGCUCGUCUCUGCCUGGCCAGAUGAUGAGGAUGAGGAGGUGACCUGCUCCCAUAGGCACUGUCAGAAGGACUGUCAGCUCCCCCGCCGUGGUGGGACUGGCAUGGCUGUGGUGGGGAGGACAACACCAAAUCCGAGCUUUCCUGUGGUCCCUGGUGCCACCGUCUGUGCAGUCACGUCCCCAACCACCAUCGCUUUAGGUACCGCAGCGCUGGCUUCUGCAGAGCCCUCUGCUUCCCUCCCGCUGCCGCAUCCUCGAGAUGCUUGGAGCCAUCACCACCACACAGUGACUCCUGCGGCACCCGAUCCGCUUGCCCUUCCCGGUUUCCAGCUCCUCCAAGACUCCGGGACCCACCACCCCCUCCUGGACUACGUCCCUGCCGGGAUCGUACCCACCCCUCAUGCACCGGGGGACCAGCGAUACACCAUCACGUUGCCACCGUGUCCAGCCUUGCCAACAGCUCCUGUAUGGAUUUGCGGGGUCUCAGAGCAACGUGGGAGCAACAAAGCAAACCACGACGGUCUGCUCGUUACCUGCUGACACCAUUCUGUACAUAACCCACCGGUCCCAUCAUCUCCUCCCCUCUGCGCUUCGCAUCCCACUGCCAGGAGCCGGGCAGGACCGAGAAGGUACAUAAGAAGUGUCGAACAGGGACCUGGGCACCUUCGUGGGGUCUGGGGGCUCCCAGCCGUGCCGGGAUGGGUGGGAGCCUGAGCGAGCCGGGAGGAUGCUGUGGCUCAGGGGGUGGCCCCAGCCUCCCCGCUACCACAGAGAGCGGAGCCGCUCCCUGCUUUUGUUUCCCUCUUAUUUCCCCCCAUCUAAACCAAAGAAACAACCAAUCCCACGGAAACCUCACCCUUGGCCCACAUCCCACCCAGCCCCACCUCGCCCCGAACGGCGCCGAGGCACCCCAGCUUGGCUCGAGGGGCUGCUGGCUGCGCAGGGCGGCGCCGACCGGAGCUGGCGCCCACCCGCAACACGCCUUCCCCAAGGCUGAGCCCACCUUACUCCCCAAAUUGAGCGAGGUAGAAGAGGAAGGGUCCUUUGGAGCCUGCCCCAGUGUGACAGGGACCCCGUGGUGAGUGUCCCCAGGCAGCCCCGCUCCGUCCCAGCACCGGGACAGAGCUGCCCCUCUGCCAGCGCCUGCCCCUGCCCGCUGCUGCCGCAACCUGUCUCAUAAUGAGAAUUUUAAUGACCCUGGGUUCAAAUAGUUUCCACAAGCCUUCCCCUGCAACACUCCUCCCCACCCCAUCCUGGCCAGGGGAGGCCCCACAGCACGGCCGGGGUCUGCAACGAGGGUACCCAGAAAUAUAACCGUACCCCCAAAACGCGGCUCUGCCCCCGCCGCGACCCCCCCAGCCAGCUCCAGGCGCCCAUCGGUGCCCGGCUGCGGGCCACGGCUCUUCGACCUCUGUUUGCCACGGAGUCUGUGUCGCUUGUACCCACAUCGUUUGUGCUGAGGCCAAGGCAAACCACGCACCGUAACCCCGCCGCUGAGCCACGCGCCGUGUUAGUGCCAUUUCAUACAGUAAAGCCGUGUUAUAUUCUCA